UUCUUGUUUUUCUACAACCUCAGUUUGCUGUAAAACAAUUUUAAUAAUUAACCUUAUUUUUUUCUGUAAAUAUGUCUCGCAACCAGAUCUACUAUUCCGACAGGUACAGUGACGACCAUUACGAGUACAGACAUGUUGUUCUGCCUCGAGAGAUGGCUAAAUAUAUCCCCAAAUCCCACCUGAUGUCUGAAGAAGAGUGGAGACAGCUGGGAGUGCAGCAGUCCCAAGGAUGGAUCCACUAUAUGAUACACGAACCAGAGCCACACAUCCUUCUGUUCAGAAGACCUCUACCUCCGAAGCAAUGACACAAGACCCCCGCCCUCACACUACUGGAAGAGUCCUCCUGUGAUCUUUUACUUAAAAUUAUUACUGUCUAGCUGGUUGCUUACUGCAGCAUAUGAAUUUCUCAGCUUUUUGAUGUAAUCCCUCUGAUUUGUCUGAUACAGUCCAGGAUUUGGUUUGCUUUUUUGUGGAGAAAGGAGGAAGAAAUCUGCUUUGUGAUUUCAAACCAAAGUGAAUGUACAAAUUAAUUAGAGGUGGUCAAAUCCGGUGUCAGUCUCUCUGUGUGUUCAGUUACAUUUGUUUAAUUGUCAUGCUGUCAUGCUCUGAUCUUUACAGUAGUAAACAACCCGCUAACCACCCCGUGUUUUUGGGUUAUGUUCCUAUAAGUGGUCACAAGAGGGUGCUGUGGCUCCACUGAACACCACCAUGAAACCACAGUGUUGUGCUGAAAUACAGAAAUGUGGCUUUUUCUCAUUAAAAGAAACUUAACUGAGGACCAAAUUUAAAAACAUUUUAAGAUAUAAAGAACUAAA